UCAGGUUUGAGGGAAGUUUCUCUAGACUUGAACAAAUGAUUACAUUUAUUGUUUUUUGCUGUGUAUAAGUACACAAUCACCUCCUCGGUCUUUUUUUUUCAAUCAAUAUCAAGCAGAGUUCCACAGUACUCAGUCCUUCAUUCAUCAAUCUUCUAUUGUUUUUGAUCUUAUAUUUACUCAUUCGUUGAAAUUAUAUUUAAACUUCUUUUGAAAAAGAUAUUUCUCCUUGAGCAUGCGUUUCACCAAUCUCGCAUUGGCCGCCUCGGCGGUCGCGGGUGCAAAUGCAGCUCCUCGCCCUCAAAACAUCGACUUUCAAUCUCUCAGCCCUGUCGUACAAAGUGCUCAAAAUGUACCAGUUGGUGUUACUGCUCAAGUUGUAUCGUAUAAUCCGACUGCCGCUGCUUCCAUCGCCGCUGCCGCCGUGACGCAAAGCUCAGCAAUCAAAGGAGCUACCUCAGACACGAAACGGCAAUUCAAUCAUCUCAAAGCCAGAGAUGGUACAUGCGCAAGGCAACCAGAAACAAUAUACAUAGGCACCAAUCCAACAGACGAUCCGGAUUCGUUUGUAGCAUAUAAGCCAUUUGCUGAUGCAGCUAAUAGUGCAUCAACUCCUUCUGGCUACACCAGAUCCUUUGUCAAUCUUCAUGCAUCCAAUAAUGCCUUGAAGUAUAUGGGAUUUACACAAUUACCAACUUACGAUACCGCCUCAUGUGCUGACAAGUGCUCUGCCAUUACCGGGUGUAAUGCUUUCAAUCUUUACUUUGAACGCGAUCCAAUUGUCGAUCCAGGUGCUAAUUGUACAAAUCCUUCUUCAAUGACAAAUGUCAAAUGUGUUUUCUGGGGUGGCUCAAUUGAUUCUAAGACUGCAGUCAAUGAUGGUCAAUGGCGUAGCAAAUUCCGCGUUGUCAUCGCAGGAUCUAAUGGUUAUAACCUUGCUUCCGUUCCCACACCAGGCGGAUAUAGUCCUCCUUCAUGCCUUGAAGACUCUGCUAUCAACGCUCCUUUGGGCUGCAACAAAGACGACACUUUCCUCGGUUCACGUUUCUUUACCGACACUCCUUUUGAUGUUAGCCUUUGUACAGCAGCUUGUGAUGCGACUAGCUCAUAUGAUCUUGCUCACCCGCCCGCAACUGGUAGCUCGAAGACUUGUCAAUUCAUCAACACUUACAUCCUUUACUUGAAUGGUGUUGCUCAAGGUCAAACUUGCGCCAUGUACACAGAAUCGUGGGAUUCCAGUUAUGCUAAAAAUACUGGCUAUACUAGUGGAAGCGAUGUCUAUACAAUCGGAUCUUCUUAUACUCUCUCCAAUUCUACCAAUCCGAACUACGCAAAGGAUUGCAAGGCUCCGGUCAACUCUACUUCAAGUAGUGUUUUGAGCACUUCAGCCUCUGCUUCAUCAACAUCGGGGACCGUAACUCCCAAGAUUCUUAGCAGCACUUCGGCAUCUGAUUCAUUACCUUCCAGUACAGCGAAUGGCACUUCCGUUCAUGCUUCUUCAACACCAUCUAUCUCAACUUCCGGGAUCGUUAGCGGUACUUCGGCAUCUCAAGUAUUGCCCUCAAAUACCGCAGAUAUCACAUCAGUACAUGCUUCUUCGACACUUUAUGCCUCGACCUCCAAGACAAUUAGCAGUAUUUCUGAAUCCCAUACUUUGGCUUCCAAUACAGACAAUACGGCCAUAUCUAGUACAGUGUCUUCAAAUACAAGAAACAGUACUUCAGCUUUUGCUCCUUCAACAACCAGCACCUCAACUUUCCAUACAUUAAGCACCACUUCGGCAUCCGGUGCAUUGGCCUCAAACACAGCCAACAGCACUUCCGAAUCUAGUCGAUCAGCUUCCAACACAGUUGGCAGUACUUAUGUAUCUCAUGCAUCGCCCUCGAAUACAAAAAGCAGCUACCGGGUCCCACAAGGAACUGGUUAUGCCUCAGCUAGUGGACCUACCUAUUCUGGGUCCCCCACAAGCAGUGUAUCAAAUGCAUUGCCUUCGUACGCAGCAAGCAUUUCAGCAUCUAAUACGUUGCCUUCCAACCCAGGAAGCAACACCUUCUUCACAUCUGUUACUUCUUCCGGUUAUUUAGCCGCGUCAUCAUCCGCCGCAGCAACAGAAUCAGUGUCUGCUAGCAGCAAUACACCUUCGAUUUCCAACAGUAGAUCUGCGGGUUCUUACGCGUCCGAAACAUUGUCUGGUAGCAUUCCAUCUUGCACAUUUUCAGGUUCAUCUGAUCCGGUAACAUCGUCAAACCUUGGCAUCAACUUUGCUUAUUUCAGCAACCCAACUUUGACUACUGGCUACGGGUCGUCGCAAUUUGAUGUCAAUUCGCUGAAUGGAAAGAUCCCCACUUAUACAGGAACAGCCAGUCAAAUUGGUUUCUCCAAUACUGCCGCUGGUUCGGAUGUAACCCUAUACCCUGGUGCACCAUCCUGCAGCGUUGAACAACUCGCCAUCGUUCACACUGGCUACGUGUAUGCUCGGAAAGCAGGAACUUAUACCUUCGACAUCACCGCCUUUGACGACAUUGUUAUGGGAUGGAUUGGCUCAAACGCAUUUGGUUCCUACUCCUCCAGCAAUGCCGACCUUAGUGCCGCUAGCUCUGACACCCACAAUGCCGUCACAACCGUUUCCAAGACUUUGGCCGCAGGACAACUCGUCCCAUUCAAGGUGCUCUGGGCUAAUGGUGCCAGUAGUGGUAGUCUCGGUUUCACUAUCAAGGGUCCAGAUUCAAUUCUUUUAUCUUCAUCCUCUGGAUCCGCGAAAGAUGUCAUUACCACGCCGUCCAGUGUCCAGACAUUUUCAUUCCCAUCGGUAGCUUCUAUACCUACUAAUGCUACUCCCGGUCUCACUAGCUCUCAUUAAUCAAUCUAUUUCAACAAAUGUUUUAUGGGAAUAUCACAUUCUUGCUGGUAUUCACUUAUCUGGGGGACAGGGAAUGCAUUUUCUGAUUUCUGGGUAAUUUCAGAGAUGACACAGGCGGUCGCUCGACAUGGUUUUUUCUUGUACACAUAUUUAACUUUAUUUUAAUCACUCUUUAUAUAUAAUUUGAUCAAUUUAUUAAUUA